AUGGCCCGACCACAGCAGCGAUAUCGAGGUGUUCGACAAAGGCAUUGGGGCUCGUGGGUCUCUGAAAUUCGCCAUCCUUUACUAAAGACUAGAAUUUGGUUAGGCACAUUUGAGACAGCAGAAGAUGCAGCAAGAGCCUAUGAUGAAGCAGCUAGAUUAAUGUGUGGUCCAAGGGCUAGAACUAAUUUCCCUUACAAUCCCAAUUACCCGAAUAACUCUUCAUCGCAGCUUCUGUCAGCUACAUUGACAGCAAAAUUGCACAAAUGCUACAUGGCUUCGCUUCAAAUGGCAGCUAAACAAUCGAUCCAAGAACAACGUGCUCCUCAAAUAAUUCCUUCGCGAAAUGCACCAAUCCUGGGCAAUGCCAGUGCCAUUAAAGUAGAGAAUGUUUCUAAUUAUGAAACCAGUUUUUGGUCAGAUGAUUAUGAGAAGAAACCAAUGGUGCCAGUCCAAGGAAUCCAGCCACUUGAAGAAGACCAUAUAGAGCAAAUGAUUGAAGAACUUCUUGAUUAUGGGUCAAUCGAGUUCUGCUCAUCUCAUCAGCCAAUGUAA